AUGAAAGAUUUCGUAGAUUCGAUAAUCAAAGUCGGCGAUGGACAAGUUGGCAUAGAUACUAAUGAUGUUGCUCGAGUAGAAAUCCCAGAAGAUCUUUUAAUUUUGGAUUCAACCAAACCUCUUGCUAGCAUUGUUCAGUUCACUUAUCCAAAUUUGCUACAGAAGAUGAAGGACUUCAAGUUCUUUGAAGAAAGAGCCAUAUUGGCUCCAACUUUUGAAGUAGUUGAGAUGGUGAAUGAAUUUAUCCUUUCUCAAGUCACCGGUGAAGAGAAAGAAUAUUCGAGUUCUGACUUAUAUUGCAUAGCAGACGAAGAUAUUGGGAUUGAACCUGAUUGGUUCACUACAGAGUUUUUAAAUGAAAUUAAGUAUUCUGGAUUUCCUAAUCAUAAAAUCACUUUGAAAAAGGAGUUCUCAUUAUGCUUCUAA